AUGGAUUCUUUCAGCAUGGAUGAUGCGGUCCCCAGCUUCUGCAUUGGUCAUCAUGAGUCCAAUCGCUCAUAUGCUGUCACGUCUGAUGUGGUGCGCAAGGCCCACGAUUGUAAUUAUGAUAUGCUCACCACGCCUAUCACGACGUCCCAUUUCCAUUCACGCGUCCUGACUCUGCUCUCGUCUCAUCUAUCCAGCAUGCAACCUGCGACGGCUGAUAGCAAUGGCACUAUGGGAACAACUCGGAAUACUAGACCUUUGGUGAUUCCGCCGCUUGCUCCGGCCGAUACCCAUUUGACCCCUAAUGAUGCUAUGAGCCAAGUGGUGGGAAUCACUAGUGCUUGGAUUGACCUGUGCUCUCCGGACCCGUUGAUUGCGGACAUCUCCCGUCAGGUUUUGAUGCUAGAGGUUGCGUAUGCAGCUUUCUGUGGUAUUGGUUACUUGCUGCUUCCAGGACCAAAGCUUCAUCAUGGGAGCAUGCACUCCGAAGGAAUAGUUUACUACGCUAGGGCUAUCCAGGACGCGUUGAAUCUUGGUUCCUAUAUCCAGUUUCACAUCUGGUUGAGAACUGUCGAUAACCCGGAAAAUGAGGUGGACCAAAUGGGUGACCUUGCCCCUCUUGCCCGCGGGGAGUUCGUUGAGCCGGAAGGAGAUGCAACGCCGAAGGUGGAUCCUUUCGGCACUUGGGAAGCAUGGGAUUUGAUCCGGAGAACCUGUAAAUAUCAUGCACGGCUACUCGUAGCUCUCUCCAUCCCGAAACAUCUUCCGCCUAUGUCUGUUCAGUCCAGAUGGCAUUCUGAGCCGGUGCACCUUCUUACUUUCGAUACCCAUUGUUUCAUCAAGAACCAGAAGGGAUAUCCGGUUUUGUCUAAAGCACAUCAAUCUUUGAUAUCGCGGUUUAUGCGCCUUCGCAGUGCCCCGUGGAUUUUGCUUUGCGAUGUCGGUCCUAUUCCUGGCAUCGAGGCGAACGAUGACACUAACCAGUCCAAUCUAUCUGGGUCUGAAUUUCCUAGUCUUGGACAGGCGUCUAUCGCAAGCAAGAAACAUCAUGAUCCGACUCCACAACUAUCCUACAUGAGGAACCUUCAGCAAAGACAACCUGCCCGUAGCGCCAUCGAAAGAUUCGGCACCGGAUAUCAGGACUACUUGCAGGCACCAUUGCAGCCGCUGACGGUCAACCUGGAGAGCAUUACAUACGAGGUCUUUGAAAAAGAUCCUAUCAAGUAUGACUGGUACGAGCGUGCUAUUUCAAAGGCCUUGAGUGAUUGGGCAGACCAAAAGAAGCCAACAUCCAACCCUGAUGGUCGGGUGGUUGUCGCAGUUGUCGGUGCUGGUAGAGGACCUCUGGUGACUAGGGCUCUUCGUGCCAGUGCCGAUACGGGUGUUGCCAUUGAUAUGUGGGCCGUGGAGAAGAAUCCCAACGCCUUUGUUCUCCUCCAGCGUCACAACGAAACUACAUGGGGUGGCAAGGUGACCCUUGUGCAGUCAGACAUGCGAGCUUGGAAGGGACCUCGAGUUCUGAAGAAAGUCAGUACUGAACCACCUGCGCCAGUUGGGCAGUCACUUGGCAUUGAAGGCUCAUUGCUUCUUUCCGGAGAGCAAGCCACUGUACCACCAGUUACCCCACCAAUUCCGGAAUAUGCCAAUACUCAUGUCGACAUCGUGAUCUCUGAGCUUCUGGGUUCCUUUGGCGACAAUGAACUGUCCCCUGAGUGUUUGGAUGGCAUUACUCCUCUAAUCAAUCCCGUGCAUGGUAUAUCUAUUCCUGAGUCAUACACAGCGCAUUUGACGCCAAUCUCCGCCCCCAAGCUGCAUGCCGAUGUCAUGAAUGGGUCCUCCACCAACCCGGCAGCCCCUGAAACACCAUACGUUGUUAUGCUGCACGCGGUCGACUUCUUGUCCACCAACCACCCGCCCUCUCCCAGCGUCUUGAAUAACAGCGGCAGCAUCCACAAUCAUGUUCGCUCCUCGAUAUCCACACUUCCUGGCCCGGAGUUCGCGACCCCAUUCGUGCAGACCGCAUGGUCAUUCUCGCACCCGAAUCGAAAUAUUCCUCCUCAGGCACCCUCCUCAUCCACCAUAUCAAAUGCGCAUAAUGUCCGUCGCACCCGGCUGACCUUUCCCACUCAGAACCGCGGGGUUUGUCAUGGUAUCGCCGGAUACUUUGAGACUGUGCUUUAUCGCGACGUUGAGCUGUCGACGAAUCCUGUGACAAUGGACAGCAAGAGUGCUAAUAUGAUUAGCUGGUUCCCAAUCUACUUUCCUUUAAAGACACCUCUUGGAGUACCGGAAAAUGGCGAAAUCAUUGUGACAAUGUAUCGGCAAACUGAUGACCGGAAGGUGUGGUAUGAGUGGAUGGUUGAGGUGUUUGUCCUCGAACGCACGGCCGAAACUGCGACGAGCGGGGUUAUGAGCCCUGUGAUGAGCGGUGCUAGGACGGACUCUCCAGGCGCUGAUAGCGCUAGCGCUACGAGUAAGGACAAACAGCAGCAGCAGCAACGUGUGGGACAUCGCGCUCGGCGAAUCAAGGUGGGUAUGAGCGAUUUGCAUUCGAGCAUCAAGGAAGGAUGUCUUAUGUGA